AUGACCAAGACAGGGAUAGGGGUCUCAGAGGGGAGCCCAGAGGGAAAGGGCCAGACCCAUAGAGGAGGUGGAGGCGCGAGCCCGCGUCGUCAGCGAGGGUGGGGAUGCCUCCAACCCCACCCUCAUCCUCAGCCGCUGCACCCUGCAGUUUGGGAAAUACUCAGGGAAACCCUGCAGUGGCUGCUGGAGAACGACGUGGGCUACGCCGUCAAUCUGGUCUCCUCCCACCAGAACGAGCGUGAGAGGACAGGGUCUCAGUCCCCCCUCAUAGUCAACAAGGACGCCCUCCUCCCAAAGGCUUACCUGCACUACACCUCAGUCUACCCUGACUUCAUGGAGGCAGUCAGGUUCCACCGGGCCUUUGAGGAGGUGCAGACCAAGUCAUCUCAUCCUGGCCAGAAGGGAUGGGCCCUUGUUGGCUUUGGGGACUUCAGAUAUGAGACCCUGGAGAGCCUCUAUAAUUCUGAGGACCCUCAGAAGAUCCGGGUGGUGGACUACCUGCAGCGGACGUCUCCUGCUCCAGGCUCCCACAUGGAGAAGGCUGUGGGCUACGUUCGCCGCAGGGACAGGCAGAGGGCCGCCAGCAGCAGCACCACAGGAGGAGCAGCGCCCCCCAAGCUUGCAUCACACUUUGCAGCCUUCGUGUCGUCAUGCCGUUCUCUGUCUGGGGUGGAGAUCCAGGCUGCGUUGAAGAAGCUCGGCUCCUCAGCUAAGCCUGCAGUUCCAGCAGAAACCCAAGACCAGCUCCUCCCGCCCAGCGACGAGGAGCUGAUGAGGGCCAGUGGCGACGCGAAGAAGUCUUCAGAUAAAAAUGCUGAGGCAGGUCCUUCCACCUCCUCCUUGCCUCAGGGGGAACCUGCCGUCUCCGCUGAGCUGGGGGACCCUACUGACCAGGAGCUGCUGGAGGCCUCGGCAGAAGGCAGAGCCUCGGUUCAGCCGCUGGACCCUCCAGAGCCGCCCAGCAGACAGGACGCCCAGCUCAGACGGGAUCCUCUCUCUGCUGCUGAGCUGCUGCCUGAGUCCUGGCGGGCAGCUCUCAGCGCAGAGCAGCAGGACUGGAUCGGCCGGACGCUGUUUAUGAGGGACUGCCUGGGGAGGUCGCGUCUCACUGCCAACCUCAACCUCUGGUGGUCUCCUCCCCAGCCCCGGCCGGUUUAUCAUCAGCCUCCAGCGUCCCGACCCCUUCUUCUCUUGUCAGCUGUUCUUGUGGAUGCCUCACAGGGUGUGGCGUCUGCAGCUGACUUGCCCCCAGCCUCUGUGCAGCGGCUCCCUGACAAAGGCUGGGCUGUACAGGACCAUCCGGAGGGAGGAUGUCCAAGGUCCUGAUGGUCAGCCAGGAUACCAGCACGUCCUGAAGCUGGCCCAGGCCUUGGUUGAGGUCAGGAGCCUGAGCGGCUCUCUGAGUCCAGGGUGGACCGUCUCGUCUGUCUCUGGCGGCGCCUGUCAGAGCGAGACAAACUGAGACUUGUCUACCCUUCCAGAAAUCAGAGGAGGAAGAUCAAGGGGUGCUUCAAGGCAGCAAAGGGCAUAAACAUCGCCUUUGCUGGGAGGCAAAGCCUCCAGCGCUGCAUCCUUGGAGUGAACUCGAGCCCUGCAAACUGGCCGUACACCAGCCGCCUGGUGGAGGCCGUCUACAGCCAGCUCUGUCGUUUGCAUCCCGCAGCGACACGUGUCGGAGGGAUCAUGAGGAGCCGGUGGUCCCUCAUCCACAGCGACUACGUGUCGAUACGGGAGACAGUGCUGGCGAGCCCGAGGCUGAUGGCUCAGACCUCCAUCCAGCUGUUUGAGUUGAACCAGCGGACCAUCUCCCAGUGAAGCGGUGGGAGAGGUCUGUGCUGGAGAAUGGAGUCGCCAUCGUUCCUGCUCCAGCUGUGGCAGACCGACCACUGCUUCCUGCCAAGGAGCUGUCCUUGGUGCUGGUGGGGCAAGGACAGUCCUUUAAGGACCAUCUCCCCGAGGAGCAGCCUGGGCCGUCCACCAGGUAUCUCCCUCCUUCAGCUCCUCCUCCUCUACCCCCAAAUCAGGCUGUGCUGCCCACGCUUACCACCACCUCCUCUGCUCAGUUGCCUCCUCCUCCUCCUCCAGUUGUGCCCAGGACAACGGUGUACAGGAGGAGGAAGGCAGUGGAGGCUGCUGCAGCUGGGGUGGUGGCACCACCUAGGAAACAGCACAAAAUAUACAUGUGCAGCCAAAAAGACUGGACACUGGAUACACCAGGAUCAGCGGUGUGUCCUACUGCGCCACAGUUGGGGGUAAGAGUGUGGAGGAAUGGAGGAAGGACUUUAAAAAAGAAUAAUAAUAAUAAUAUGAUCAUUUUGAAUAUAAUAAUUAUGAUCAAUAUAAUUGUGAUGAUUAGCAUUACAAAUAUGAUAAUUUUUAUUAUUAUUAUUAUGGCUGUUGUGGCAAUCAUAACUAAUUUGUUAAAUAAAUAUGUUAAAUUUAUUCAGUCUUGUCAUUUUUUUGUUACAUUUUGUGGUUAUACUAUUAUAGGUUUUGAGAUUAUACUUUUAGAAAUCCAUUAAUGCCAAAGGUGUGAUUAGAAAGAAUCGAAGAGUGGAGACUAUUUUAACAAGACAAAGAUUUGAUCAUACUGGAUUAAAUAAAACUUUUUUUUACUAAAGAAAAGGUAAACAGAUGAAUGUAAAGUAACAGAAAAUGUAGAAUGUAUUUUAUUAUAUUGUAGGAAAUAUGAUGAGGAAAGGAUGAGAUUAAAACAAAAGACAAGACAAAUAGGAGGGGACUG